CAAAAUCACCACCAAACCAAGUAACCAACCAAGGUGGUGGCCAAACUCCCUUGCCACAACCAUACUACUCUUUUCCAACUCUAUCAUCAUCACCAUAAAACUCCAUUACAGUAACAUAAACAAACACCUUUCUUCUAUGUCUGCAUUUCCCAACAAAAUCAAACCCAUUUUCCCUUCCCUCCCAAAACAACCAACCUUAAACCAAAUCAAACAAACCCAUGCAAAAAUCAUCCUUUCAGGCCAAUCCCAAUCACGUCUCACCAUUCACAUUCUCUCUCUACUUUCUCUCUCUACCUCCCCUCUCAACUACUCUCUCUCCAUUUUCAACUCCAUUUCUUCACAAACAGUUUUAGCUUUCAACUCCAUCAUUCGCAUUCACGCAAAAUCAAACUCAUCACCUUCAAAUUCUCUCUCACUUUACUCCUCAAUGCGACGCCGUUUCCUCAACGCUAAUCAACACACAUUCACCUUCCUCCUUCACGCCUGCACAAAAGGAAAAGAUUGUUUCAAUAUUGUUUCAGGUGUUCAAGUUCAUGAUCAUGUGGUUAAGCUUGGUUACACGGGCAAUGUGUUUGUUCGUAACGCGCUUAUUCAUUUUUACUUUGAGGGUUUUGAUGUGAGUGAGUAUGCUAAGAGGGUGUUUGAGGAAGAGGUUGAUGAGGUUUGUAGUGAUGUUGUUACUUGGAAUUCUAUGUUGGCUGGUUUGGUUAGAAAAGGUGAGGUGAGAGAUGCGGAGAAGAUGUUUGAUGAAAUGCCGAAGAGAGAUGUUGUUUCUUGGAGUAGUAUGAUAAUGGGGUAUGUUCAAAAUGGGAAAUUGGAAGAUGGGUUGGAGUGUUUUAGGUUGAUGAGAGAGAAAGGAAUAAGACCGAAUGAAUCUAUUUUGGUUACGAUGCUUUCUGCUUCGGCUCAGUUGGGUUUGUUAGGGUGGGGGAGGUUUGUUCAUUCGACUAUUGAGUCUUUGAGGUUUCGGAUAAGUGUUGCGAUUGGAACUGGUUUGGUUGAUAUGUAUGCGAAAUGUGGGUGUAUUGAAGAGUCGAGAGAUUUGUUUGAUGGAAUGAUGGAGAGGGAUAUUUGGACUUGGACUGUUAUGAUUUGUGGGUUGGCUUCGCAUGAUCGUGCAAAGGAAGCACUUGUGUUGUUUCGUGAGUUUAUACGUGAGGGUUUUCGUCCUGUGAAUGUGAUUUUUGUUGGCGUUUUAAAUGCUUGUAGUAGGGCUGGUUUGGUUAGUGAGGGAAGGUAUUACUUUAAGUUAAUGGUGGAUGGUUAUGGAAUUUCGCCGGAGAUGGAGCACUAUGGUUGCAUGGUUGAUCUCUUUGCUCGUGCGGGAUUAAUAGAUGAAGCAGUUCGGUUGAUUGAAACGAUGACUGUUGAACCAGAUCCUGUAAUGUGGGCAACACUACUUGAUGCUUGUGAGAUUCAUGGGUUUGUGGAAAUGGGCGAAAAGAUUGGGAAUAAGUUGAUAAAGAUGGAUCCAACUCAUGAUGGUCAUUAUGUGCAGUUAGCUGGAAUCUAUGCAAAAUCAAGAAAAUGGGAUGAUGUAGUUAGAGUUCGCAGAUUAAUGGUUGAGAGAGUUCCCAUUAAAGUUGCAGGUUGGAGCUUGAUUGAAGUGGAGGAUAGAGUUCAUCGAUUUGUAGCAGGGGACAGAGAUCAUGACCAUUCUUCAGACAUUUACAAAAUGCUUGAAAUAAUAGGACUGAUGGUAUCUGAAGCUGGUUGCUCACCAAAACAUCUUACCUGUGUAGCAUGACAUAGGAGAAGAAGGGGAUCAAUUUUCCAUAACAUCUUAUUCAAUCAUUGAAGUUUCCCAAGUAGAGGAAUAGUUGCAGCCUUGCAGGGGAUAGUUCACCAAAACUUUUUCAGUCAAGACACUAGAUAUAAUCUAACGAAUGGAGUUACAUCUGAAUGGAAGGUCUACAAUUUCCUCAUAAAUAAGAUGGAAAAUAUAGUGUAUAUGACAUGGAAAAAUCAAUUGUUGAUCAGCAAUAGAAAAAUCACUUGUACAGGAAAUUUAUGAGGGAUGUUGAUUUAGACUUGGUGUAAUAAGCUUGGUAAAUAAUGGUUCAGAGUUUAACAUUCUUAUGAUUUUGGUUUGUUUGCUGAUCGAUGAUAUGCAAAUCUUCAAAUCAUCAAAACUAGAUGGAAUUUGAAGGUUUGGGAGCUAGGUUGUAUUCUUAAAGUGAAGUAACUUUUUGGAGUUCUGAGCUGCACCAAUGCAGUUUUUGGGCAUUUUUCUGGAUCAGAGGAGAAGGGAGCAUAUAUAACACCUGAAGCAGUGUCUCAGUGUUUGGAUUCACAAUACGCAAUUUAUCUUAAUUUUUAAUUUUUAUUAUAUGGGAAUUUAUGGUUUAGUUAAUUUCCCAUUUAAUAUUUGUAUAUGGUUCAAGGUGUCAUAACAAUAUGACUGUGCAACAAUUGCAUCAACAAAUGCAGCAUGAGUCUACACAAUUCAAAAUGUAUUUUAUUUUUUGUGGUUUGGAAUUGCAUAGUAGGUGUGUUUCAAGUACUGAUAGUUUGGGAGUAGGAAGAUUUGUUGCAACAUUU